AUGUAUCAGCCCUACGUCACCAACUCCCAAAUUUUCUUUACUUUUUUUUUUUUUUUGAGACAGAGUCUCACUCUGUUGCCCAGGCUAGAGUGCUGUGGCGUCAGCCUAGCUCACAGCAACCUCAAAUUCCUGGGCUCAAACAAUCCUCCUGCCUCAGCCUCCCGAGCAGCUGGGACUACAGGCAUGUGCCACCAUGCCCGGCUAGGUCUCGAACUCCUGAGCUCAAACGAUCCACCUGCCUCAGCCUCCCAGAGUGCUAGGAUUACAGGCGUGAGCCACCGCGCCCGGCCUUUGGUCUUGUUUUAAAAUCCCCUUCCUCAAGGGACACUGCCCCUGACCCUCCGGAACUGGUUGGGUCCCUGCCAUAUUACACCUUCAUUGACACUUUCCUUACUAGCAGCACCUUUCACAGCUAUAAUUAACCAGUUAUUUGGACAGUAUUUAACACAUUAACUGCCAUGUCAGCUGUAUUUAACUCAUGCUAGUUUUGA